ACUACUCGUAUAUAUACAAAUGUGGUGGUGAAUACCAUGAAUCAUCUAGAAGGCUUAGGCCAACCGUCGUUGUUGGUCUCCAGUCUUUAAACGAAUUUGUCGAAGUGUGUUGGCUGUGUCAGUCAUAGCGCGCGGGUCUAUGGUAUAUUCGAGUUCUCUUAAUUCCACUACUACUACCGAACCGUCCCGAGUAAUAGUCCAACUAAAUUUUAUAUUUGCUUUAUAAUUGAAUCGAGUGUAUUCAGUUCAUCUGGUGAGUUAUAGUCAAAAAUUCAAAAUAAAUCAAAAAGUGCAGGUGUUGUGCAGUGCAGGUAACCGUUUGAUGCGCGAAAGAAGUAAACUAUUAAAAAAUUUAAUAGUCAUAUUAAUAUCCUCAACUAAAAAGAUUUACAAUAAAUUCAAAUAUAAUAUUAUGAACUACAUAAAAUAAUCGUAAAAACAGUUAAUUAAGAUCAGGAAUGAACUAUGUUUACGGCACCACCAAUAGUGCGGAAAUCAAACAACCAGACUUGGAUUAAAUGUAUGUAACACAUUGCAGAAGAUUAGAAGACUUGUUCAAAAUGAAUGAGGUUCCAAACAGCACGAACGGAAUGACAUAUAAUUCCCCGUUUAUGUCUGACAACCGAAAACAGUUCAGAUUAGACAUUAUAAAUUGUAACUUGCCAGAAGAUACCUCGCAUUUCACGAUCUCUGACAAAAAGUCUCCUAAACUAGCAACUUAUUAUUUCAAACACGAAGACACUGACUCCAGUAUGGAAAAAAGUGAACACAAUUAUCCUUUAUGCGAACCAGAUACUGAAAAUGAAACUAAGGGCAAUCAUAGAGGAACAAACCACCAUUUCGAAGACAUACCUAAUUGUUUUAAAGAUAAGAAAGAAACAGAAAAAAAAGAAGAAGUUAGUCACAUGACGCCAGAAAUGAAAGUAGCACGGAGAAAUAUUAACAAACCCACACAUAGUAAUCGAGGUCUUCCAAGACCCAAAUCGCUUUCCGAGGAUACCAUACGAGUACUGGUCCAAAAAGCAGAGGAAUUAGUUAGCACAGAUAAACGACAUAAACUAACGAAAGUAAAUAAAUGGUUAAAAUUAGAAAAACCAGAUGACAGUUGCGACGCCAGCGGCGAAGAUGACGAAAAAGAAUCUCAAACUUCAGAUGAUCUCGAUGCUAGUACUGCCACAUUACGAGGGGGUGAUUAUUCUUUGACCGAUUUAACAGUUACCAGUAAUGGAAGUAGACAGUGGUUGGGAUCAAUUUCAAGAUUUAACGAUGUUGUUUCUACACCUGGUAUUAACAGUUUUUCGAUAUCAGAGUCUGCACUUCAUAAAAUGAUCCUGUCGCAGAAAGAUCUUCCUACCUCAUACACUACAGUUAGCACUAAUAACGUUAACUCCAACAAUUCUACUUCUUCCACAGUCGAAGAAGUAUUACCGUUGAUAGUGGAAAAAACGUCACCAAUAAGAAAAAAGAAAUCGAAAUUAAAGAAAAGGACAUUGUUUGUAAAAUCCGACACCCACCUCUUAUACAAUUCUUGUCAAAAAAUCAAAAGUCAUCUCAUCAAAUCCGGAUCUUUCCCUGGAUAUAGUACAAUGUAUACAAUGGGUUCUAAUAGCAACGAGAACGAUUCCAAACAUGAAACAUUUACUGAACAGACUUUGGUACCACCGGGGAACAGCGAGACUUCAACAACCAGUGGUGCAGACAGCGAGGACGACAAUAAGAGAAGGCCUCUAAAUUUCAAAUAUGGUGGAAAAACGCGUUAUUUAACUAAUGAACCGUUAAGAACUGACAAGCUAGGUAAAAACAGUAUAAAUGCCGAAGAACAGUCAAGUUCUCUAUCUGAGCAAGCAUGGGACAACUAUCAGGAAAAUUAUCUUUCUGAGCCUUAUAGUGAAUCUCAUGAUUCAGAUGCGGCGCGAAGACUUCUAAACUUCGGCGAAGACUACAGGAACUUCAUCGAUAGUCAAUCUGACUGGUCAGCAUUUUCCGACAUCUCACCACGAAUGAAACGAAAAUCAUGGCCCCAGCGAAACGACGAAGGCUCUAAUAGCGAGGAAGAGUCUUUGAAACAAAUAAUUAGUGACUCUAAAGAACAUCUGAAUCGAGCUGCGCAAAUUUAUGACCAGAUUAAAAUCGGGACAUACAAUCAUCUGGUUACUCACGAAAUCGAUGAUCUCAUAUCUACAUGCGAUCGACAUAUAAAUUUAUUGAAACACAUGAGUGAUUCUUCUGACGGAUUAAAAAUGUCAUACGUGGACAAAGCAGUCACAACAGGGUUACUGGAUCAAUGGAGAGUUUUAAAAAUCAAAAGCUCAUCCAUGGACGAAUUUAGAAAACUUCAUAAACAAAUUUUGGAAUUAAAAUCUUUCAUUACAACUCAGAAUUUCGCUCAAAGAAAAAUCAACAUUUCACAACACUGCGGUAUUGAAGAUAUCUAUAAUGAAAUCGACUCUUGCAAUAAACUGUUAGAAACUCUGUUAGAACAUGGUUCAAAUCUUGCCUCUCUUAACGCUUUGGUUCAUCGGUACUCUCUAGAUAAUCAAGAUUCCGAAGAAUUUAGCGGGACUACUUUGAAAGCAGAAGUUUCAGAAUUGUACGAAAUGUUCGACAACGCACGUACCUGUCUUACUGAUGAAUUAUGCCAGCUGAAAAGCCUGUUGCCGGUGUGGAGAACACUGGAAUCAAGGUUAGAACAACUCCAAAACGAUCUAAAAAAGGACGAGAAAACGAUUCAGGUCCUUAACUCCUGUUUGACAAAUGGAACUUUUACCGUUAAGACCGCUUCCACAGUUCGAGAGGUUGCGAAAUUAUUGUCAGAAUCUACUACAUCAAUCACUCAGCCCAUACAAGACAUUUUGAUGGAGGGGUCAUUCUCCGAUAGUGGUAUAUCCGACGAAGGAUCCGAACAAGAGAUCGGUGAGAGACAACGAAGGUUGGCCGCUAUUCGGCGUUUAGUUCGACAAUUAGAGAUCGGUUUACCACCGGACUCUAAAGCUCGAUUGAUGAUGAGAGAAAAAUUGUCAGCAGCUGAAGAAGAUUUAAAAUCAUUACAGCUUCAAUGCAGAUCUCUUAUUGCACGUACCUCAGCAUGUUCAGGAAGCUUUGUUGAUAAAUUGAGAUCUGUUCCGGAAGAAGAAGCAGCCUUGCGUGUAUUUAAAACGGCACCCGGAGAUCCAGAUAGCGAUCCCGAAAGGAAUCCCAACGGAAAGUCAUGGUUUAGACGUUUCUUCAAAGUAUCUUUCACAAUUCAGCUGAUUCUAAUUACUUUCUUCUGUUUGAGUUGUUUAUUUGAACCAAGUUGUUGCGACUACAUGAAUAACUAUUCUUGGUCGCUAAGUCCUAAACUACAUUAUGGGGCUCGCCCGCCAAUAUGAACGGUACUUAUAGGGUAAUAUUUAAUUACGAAAUUUUCAAUUGAUAUCAUAAAACCAGUGAAAAUUCAUUUAUUUCUAAGUGACUUUUUGAAUGGUAUUGCCAAUUUCCCCAUGCUGAACUGAGUGCCUUUACUAUAAAUGACAAAGCUUUCAAAAAAUUAAAUAUAAACAUCAUAUUUUUACAUCUCAUAUCUUUAAUCACUAUAGACCUUAUUACAGAUUGCAUUAAAGUAGAAGUAUAAUGAUGAGAAAAUAUUCAAGUAACCAAUUUGAAUAAUAUAUCCAUUUGAAAUUCAUUUGUGGCAACAUAAUACUGUAUAUAUAAAAGUUUUUGAUUUUAGGUCUCUUCUUUUACAAAAUUAGUUUUUUUAAAUAAUUUUUAAAAGAAAGAUGAAUUUUGACGUUUCGACUUUUCUUUAAGUCUUUAUCAAAAUAUGAUAUUGACACUGCUGACAAUUUGCGUAUUUAUAUUGAUCAAGAACAUUUAGACGCAUUUAUAUAUAUAUAUAUAUAUAUAUAUAUAUAUAUAUAUAUAUAUAUAUAUAUAUAUAUAUAUAUAUAUAUAUAUAUAUACACUACAACCGCAAUAUAUUAAGUAUAUUCUGUUAAUUUAGUCUUUUAUAGGAGUUAAUUCUAUUUUGAUAGGAAGACGGCAAAAUGGCAUUUUCUCAUUUUCUCUUCAUAUUGAGUCACUGCUUACAUUACCAAUAUUCAAAAUUACACUGCCUGAUGCACGUUUCGAUAACCAUGUUAUCGUCUUCAGAGACUGAAGGUAAAGUAAGUAAACAUAAUAUUUUUCCAAAAUCUUGCGUUUUUGUAGGAAAUGAGGAACAUUAGCAGAACGUCUUGGCUCGAAAUCUAAUUGUUUUAAUCGUCUUCUGGCCGUUUUUGAACUCACAUUAGUUUAUCUUACGUUUUGUAGCUCAUUUUUAGAUGCGUUGAUGUUAACGUACGAUUUAGAGUAUCAAAAAGCGGUCGUUGUUUCAUACUCUUUGCGUUCUUGGAUGGGAUUUUCCUUGUAAAAUCUUCGUUUUCUUCAUAUUGUUUCAAAACUUUGGAACCUGAAAAUUAAGUUAUCGCAUUGUCUUUCUAUGAAUAUCCUUGGCUAUGUACAGUAUGGAAUUGACUAUGUUAUAGUUCCUAGCACAUAAUAUGAGGAAUAUGGGUGCAGCAUUGGUGAGAUUAAAUGAAUUUUUCUGAAAGAGCUCAAUUUAUCUCCUAAUGUAUUAUGUAAUGCGGAUGUUUCCUGUUUGCAGCAAUAUUUUCACGGCGUGAAGUUACCAAUAACAUUUAUUUCAAGUAACUAUGAUUAUUGAAAAUAUUUGCGUAAUAUGCCAAAAAGUACCUAUUUCAUUUUAGCUAUUUAUUUUAUAAACGAAUCAGUAUUUGUUUAUUGUUAUGUGGUUAAAUAAAAUUUAGAUUUUCUGGGUCUAGUACUGCUCUGUAUGUAGAAAUACCUAAGUCAUAUCAAUUUAUAUGGUCUCUCGAAUGUAUGACUAAAUAUUUUCGUAAAUACGAAAUGCUUCUCUGUAUAUUAGUCAUUAUGAUUGUUGUUAAAUUUAAUAUAAUUAUAUAUGUAACCCCUUCCUUCAAAGGAGGAAAUGGUACAGAAAUUUUAGUACAAUUGUAUUGAUUUCAUUCACUGUGAGCAAUUAUGUGGAUUAAUAUAUGAUAUAUUUUUCACUUAUAUUUCGUUUUUUUUUUCUCAUCCAAAUAUCCCACAAUUCAAAGUUAGACUAUGUACUUAUACAAAAAUUAUAACAAAAUAUUGACAUUGCAGUUUUUCAAUUUGGGAACACGUAACCGAGUAUCAAGAAAUUUAUCAAAGAAUUAUCAGUUGAAUUAGAAUGAAUAGGCUGGUUAUCAACAAAAGUGUUUCUAAAAUCAUAAAUCAAUUUAAGGGCAAAGAUAAUUACUAAAAUAUAUGCUUCACUGCUUUGAAGCCGCCAUUUAAGCCCAUACUUGUCUCAAAAUCUCUUCUUCUCUAUUUUCUAUUCAUCACUACAUAUGAAUAAAUCCUCAAUAAGUCUUAUUGAAUAUUAUAUCUUCUUAUUCCUAUG